AUGUCUCACCUUAACAAGAUCGCCCCCAACUCGCCUUCGCGCCAGAACCCCUCGGAGAUCGAGACCAGCAUUGCCAAUGCUCUCUACGAGCUCGAGAACAACAUCCAGGACAUGCGCGCCUCCCUGCGCCCCCCUGCAGUUCGUCUCUGCCCGCGAGGUAAGAAGCAGCACUACAUGAACACAGCUGCCAUCGCUUCGACGAACGACAACGCCGGGUCAUCGAAGGUUAUCGAGGUUGGUCACGGCAGAAAGGCCAUUGUCAUCUUCGUCCCCGUCCCUCUCCUCCAGGGCUUCCACAAGGUCCAGCAGCGCCUGACCCGUGAGCUCGAGAAGAAGUUCUCUGACCGCCACGUCCUCAUCGUCGCUUCCCGCCGCAUCUUGCCCCGCCCCAAGCGCAGCAACCGCUCGCGCACCAGCCAGACCCAGAAGCGCCCUCGUUCGCGCACUCUGACUGCUGUCCACGACGCCAUCCUCGCUGACCUCGUCUACCCCGUCGAGAUCGUCGGCAAGCGCAUGCGCACCAAGGAGGACGGCACCAAGGUCCUCAAGAUCGUUCUUGACGAGAAGGAGCGUGGUGGUGUUGACUACCGCCUCGACACCUACUCCGAGGUCUACAAGAGACUGACCGGCAAGGGUGUCAACUUCGAGUUCCCCGUCGCUGCCGCCGAGUACUAA